GAAGAAGCAGCGUCAGAAAAAGGGUUAGAAAAAGUUGUAACUUGCAAGAGGUUUAAAACGUUGUCAUUUCAAACAACAUUAACCUAACCACGAUGGCAUUGGGGUCUUUUUAUUCACUUAUGGUAAGCCGCAUGAUGGCAGUAGCCGAUGAAAUAUUCGACUCUGUAAAAGAGAGCAUAAUUGAAUAUGAGCAGGAGAUUGAGCGUCUGAGGCAGGAGAACUGCUGUCUGAGGAGCAGAAGAUGCAGAUGUGUCGAAACAUGCAAUGAUACUUCGAGUCCAAGAGAUGAAGUUCUGCGGGGUCAGAGCGGUUCACCACUCUCAGAAAUUCGAAUGAAAUUGGAGGUUGCUGCUGUGAUGUCCCCUGAUCCUUCAGGUCAAGCUGCUUCCAUUGUUUCUUCCCUUUCUGAAGAUGUCACGGGGCAGGAACCGGAUCAGUGCCUCACGCCUCUGCAAAAGGAAAUGGUGAAGAAUGAAGAUAGUGGCGGUACAGAUGCAUCAAUCACAGUUAAGUCUGAGCUGUUUGAUCAUCAAACUAGUGAAAUGAAUUCAACCGCUGCACUGCCUGACCACGUCUGUCAAGUUGACUAUCUAAUAAGUGAACAAGAUGUUCAAACUGACCUCGAAACCUUUAACAAGAAGAUCCGGAAGGGUAGGCAAAAGCAGAAGAGUGUGAUAUGCAAGAUUUGCGGAAAGUCUUUCAAGAACAAAGAACAUUUGCAGAGUCAUUUUAUUUUGCAUCAGAACGAGAGGCCGUUCUCCUGUGUUUCAUGCGGGAUUCGUUUUAAGACGAAAUUCAACUUGAAAGAACACGAGCGAAUCCAUUCAGGGGAUUAUCGAUACAGCUGCCCGCGGUGUGGAAGGGGCUUUUCUCGUUCGAAUCAUGUCAGAAGCCACCUCAACUCUGCACGCUGUUAUCUAAUUGAGUCUCUAAACCAGUAACAAGUACUACAUUUUAGUACUUUAUUAGAUAUAAGACACUAAAACAAAAGACAGAUUUUGAUUGAAAACAAGUUAUUGGUCGCUCUUGGUCUGACUUGUUGGGUUGUUGGAUUUCAGAAAUGAUUAUCUUUAAAGCUCUGGGAUGUAUCCUUAUCAUUUCGAUGUCAUUUUCUGGUCAAAUUUUUUCUGUAUCAAAUAAUCUUCCACCUUACAUGUUUACCUUAGUUCAUACUGUAGUGAAAUGUUCAAAAUAUUUGAACUGACAAUCGGGGUGAUUCUGUUAUAUGGAAUUAUAAAAGUUCUGGAAAA